AUGGGCCAUAUUCAACAAGGCCCAUAUAAUUUCAUAUCAAUGAUCAACCACUUUGGAGCUACACUCUUCUUCUCCAUCUUUCCACAACCAUCCACAAAACCUAUCUUUCUAAACAGAAAAAUGAUGGCUCUUGCAGCUCCAGAGACACUCACUUCUGAAACAGUCACUGAUGUUUCCGACACUCAACAACCAAAACAACCAAGAAAAGAUGCAUGGGAAGAGCUUAAGUCUACUCUUGAAACUAAGCCAUGGAUCUCUCAGAAGAAGAUGAUCAUUCUCCUUAAUCAAGCAACUGACAUCAUCAAUCUCUGGCAACAAAGUGGCGGCAAUCUAACUUCCCAAUAA